AUGACAUUGCAUCACGAACUUUUGCCUGAUUUUGUCAGAGCUGUCCAGAUCCAUCCAGAAGUUUAUGAAGAUUACAAUGCGAAAGAUGCCGAAAGAGCAUGGGAAGUGAUCGCAGAUUUAUUUGAAAUCACAGUUUCCGACGCUAAGAAGCAGUGGCUGGAGCUGGUUCGGAUACAUCGAUUUAUGUAUCUAGACUUACCAGAUGAAGCGUUUAAGGUGAUCGCCCCGAAGGAAGAUCCACGUUGGCAAGCUGCUACACGACAAACUGCAAUCACCUUGGCACACUUCCUGCAGAACGAUUUGAAAUUUUUGUUUAAAGAUGAAACAAUCAUAUAA